AUGAACGAGAGCUGGGAAGAAGAAGACACAAAACGAGUGAAAGAUAUAGCGGAACAUAAGGCUGUAGUGGUACAUUUCUCCGUGAAAAAGAGAGAGCAACGAAAAAUCGAAGUACUUAAAAACAGACGAAUUAACGCUCUCACUAGCGGACAACAGUGUGUUGAGAACACCACAACCACACCCAUACCAGACUAUCUAGAAAGAACGCUAAAACUCGGACCAAACUUUAACGUACAAAACAACGAGAAAAUACCGUAUGUUGCGGUUGUCGCUGAAAUAGAGAAAGCUAUUAAAUACCAAGUAGCAGCGGAUGAUAUUAGAGCCGAUGUAGCAACGGCAAUAAUAAACCACAUUAAUUUCAAAAAACAGCCAAGACAUCAUGAGCACGAGUGGAUCACGAAAGAUGUGAAAAAAAGCCAAAGGUUUUUAAAAGGCAACAAAACGGUAGUCCUGUCUGCAAACGAAUACAAGGAAAAGAUGCAAAAUCUUAUCGAUGAUGAAAAUACAUACAAAAAGCUAAAGGGGGAUCCAACAACAAAAAUAAUUAAGAAAAUCGGCGUGAUAGUAGAUGCAUGGCGUGAUAAAAAGUACAUAGAAACUAAGGUACACAGAAAACUAAAAGUGACUAGCUGCAACCCACCACGGAUCUACGGACUGCCGAAAAUACAUAAACAAGAUAGACCUAUGCGACCAGUGGUAUCAACAAUCGGAUCAGCUACGUACAACUUGGCACAAUUUUUGGCAGAAAUCCUAGGAAAAGUCGUUGGAAAAACCACUUUCCACGUACGAAAUAGCUUCGAGUUUGCAGAAGAAAUAACAGGGACGCAGAUUGCUGAAGGUGCUGUACUCUUUUCGCUGGAUGUAACGUCGCUGUACACAAACAUUCCAAUCGAAGAUGCAAUCAUUUGUAUCAAUGAAAGAUGGAACGAAAUUGGGAAACAUACCAACAUCGAUCAAGGCAGCUUCAUAGCAGCAGUCAGGCUCGUAUUAGAUUCAACCUUCUUCGUCUACCAAGGUACUACAUACUCUCAAUGUUUCGGGGUCCCAAUGGGUUCACCUUUAUCACCUGUAAUUGCAAACCUGGUAAUGGAAAAACUGGAACAACACUGCAUAGCUGAAUUAGAGAAGAAAAACAUCAAUCUAACAACAUACCGCCGGUACGUGGACGACUGCUUCUACUGA